UUCCAUGAGAUUAAAGCAGCUUCUUGGGAAGGAAUGGCUCGUUUUCUGUGUGUUAUUUUUCUUUCUGGGCAGCUAAUUAUUGGUGCUUUUUUUUUAACGUAAUUGCAUACGUUUAUAAAAAAAAUAAGUUCAGCGGAGACGAGUUGAAUCGGCUCAGCUAACUACGUAGCUAGGAGAUGCUAACGUUGCCUAUCCUCUUUUAAAGCUCAGCCUGUGUGCCCUCGAGGGUGUGGAGAUGCUGCCGGUGGAGCAUCUUCACCUGGAACAUGUUCUGCAGACCGUGUCCGCGUUGGAGUCAGUCGUCCUCCGCAGUUUUGGCCCCGAAGGAGGACAGGUGCUGUUCAUCCGAGACACAGGACAGGCGAUGUUGAGUCGCAGUGGGACGCACAUCCUCACAGCACUACGCCUGGACCAUCCACUGGCCAGGAUGGUGGUGGAGUGUGUCUUGAAACACAGCUCUGUAACAGGCGAUGGAUCCAAGACCUUUAUCCUACUGCUGGCGUCAUUACUACGGAUGAUUCAUACAGCGGCCUGCAAGGGACCUAAUGUGUCUCACGCCUAUAACUCCAGGAAAGCAGCAGAGGCUGCCACUGCCAGGCACUUGGCUGACAAACUGCUGGCUUUUGCAUUGGAGGAGCUUGCUGACGUCAUUGCUAUGGGAGUGGUCCCGUAUGGAUUCUGUAUUUCGUGGGAGGAUUUCACUGCAAAAACACAAUUACCAGCUCACACAAACAAUAACUGCGUUCAAAAGCUGCUGGCAUCAUUUUUUCUUUCACGUCUGGGUCGCACCCACUGUGACUUUAUUAGCAACCUCACCUGUGAACUGCUCUCUCGCUGGAAGUUUAAAAAUAACCAACCUCCCUUCACACUUUUUGUGUUUGUAAAUGACAACCUGCCAGCCUUGCAUACACCCGUGUCAGGCUUCCCUGUUAGUUGUUCACGUUUGAUUGAGGGGCAGGUAAUUCACAGGGACUUUGCUACACCUUGCCCUCAGACUGACCACCAGCCAGUUAAAGCUGUAGUUUUCACUGGGUACCUGCAGCCACAAUUGCUCAGUGCGGGAGAAGUGCUGGAGCUGGGAUAUGGAGAGCAAGGGAAGGAGAGAAGCGUUGUGCAGUUUAGCGCCUGGGCAGAAAGGUCACUAGAGUGUGUCAUUGCAAACCUGCAGAGUUUGGGUGUCUCUGUGCUCCUGUCUGCAGUUAAACAGUCUGCUGCUGUCCUGGCUUUAGCUACCCAGGCUGACAUGUGCGUUGUGGAGUGUGUCAGUGAGGAUGAGCUGUCUCUCUUUGCACAGCUAAGUGGGGCCAGACCUGCCUCAGACUGCUGGAUGAUUGAACCAGACCACGUUGCUACUCUGACCUUUUGCCGACCAAUACUGCUGGGCGCCCAUAGGUAUGUCCAUGUGGCUUUCCAUGAUUCAGAGGAAAGGGUCCAGGUCAAACCCUGUAGUCUGGUCAUUUGCGGUCCAGGGGAAGGGCAAACUGACCAGUAUGCAUGUGCAUUUCGAGAUGCCAUUCGCAUGCUACGUUUAACUUUGGAGCCCAUGGUUAUGACUGCAACCACAGCAUCAAGGAGGACCUUAGAGUCAAACAAAAACACAUCUUUGGAAAUGGAGAAUCAGAUCGCCAGUGUGCCUCCCGUCCAGAAGUAUGUGUUGGAACCAGGCUGUGUUAUACCUGCUGGUGGGACAUUUGAGUUUCUCUUAAACCAUGCCCUCCUACAACAUCAUGGCCACAGUUGCUCAGUUUCUGAUGACACAAAUAUGGGUAUCCCUGCUGCUUCACAGCUCUUGGCAAACGUUCUGCUGAGCCUGCCCCGACAGAUUUACUCCCAUAGUCCGCGAUGUUUCCUGCAGACUCAAACCAGGCUCCUGAAUUUUAUUGAAAAUCAUUCCCACCCUUUCAGCCUCGUACAGAAACAAGAACACAACACAAUCCUCAUACAAGGUUGGGGUAGAAGUGAACGUUCUCCAGACGAUGGUAAACAAAGCAUGCAUUGUUGUAGAGAGGCUGAUGUGUCAUCAAAAGUUUUUAUGUUGGACUUAGGCCUUGAAUCUGUCUCCUGUAAAUACCAGCUGCUUCUGGCCGUGCUGCAGUGUGUCUCCAGUCUUCUCCAGGUGGACACCGUGCUGCGCACACAGACUGCCUUACGCACACAGUCACACAGACUUCCAAACAUUUCCUGGGAGGGCACAGAGGACGAGGCUAAGGACUGAGAUUGUAUUGUAUCCCAAGAUGAAAGCCAUACAUGUAUUUUUUCUCAGUACUUGGGGUCAUUCAAAAGGUGAGGGAAAUAAACUGCACUUUAAUUCUGAUUGCUACAGAGUUUUUUCUCACUUCAAUAUUUGUGCUGCUGUGUAUAUAUGUAAUGUUUAAACUAGUAAAUUACAUUUCAUGGCAGUACUCAUCUUGGUCCAGUUCAUAGGCCAAUAAAAUGUUACGGAGCUUCUGUACCCUCCAAGGCUAGGUUUGGCAAUAACAGUGUAAAAGAAAACAUCAAA